AUGUAUGUACCACCGUACAAUGAUGGACCGACCGGCGGGGCGAAUAGGGAUCCACGGUUAUUUCAGGGUCUAGCCGGUGUGCAAGCCCCUCCACCCUAUCCUCCACCACCCGACUACAAUCAAUUGGAAUCAAUUCCCGAAUUGCCAUCAAUUGUCAAUAUGCGUUUACCCUCCUCUCCAACAGCUCAAUCGACUGGCGUUGUCCCAUCACAGUCACAAUGCUCGACAACAACGAAAACCGAUUCAUUUCAUGAGGCCUUUCCGCCUGUUGAU